GCAGUGUAUAUUUUAGUGGCCUUUCUUGGAUCCUUUAUAGGUCCAUAACGAUGCAAGAUCCUUCGUCUUCUUCCCUGGGUUAGACCGAGGUAUACUCUCUUCAGUCUCCGGCGGCGCGUGGAGUUAGAACUGUGCCACAGACUGACACAUAAAACCUAAACCCCAUAUCACAUUUCUCUAUCCGAAAGGAGUGAGGUAAGUGAUAAUGGCUUCCAUGCUUAAAGCUCCCACCUUUGUGUCUCGGCAGGAGAAAUUAGUUUCCUUUUCCGUUGGCAGAAGAAGGCAGGAUCGAGGUGCUCCUGCUGGGAUUUUCCAGAAACGAGCAUCUUUCUUCACCGUGGCGUUGUCGUCAUCCAUGUCCACUGCAGCUGCUCAACACGUUCAGAAGUCAGUUUUGCCCAAAACUGACAUCUCAAUCAUGGUAAACAGUUGUUGUGGAAAGAUGGGAAAGGCUGUUAUCAAAGCAGCAGAUUCUGCUGGAGUUCAUAUUGUUCCUGUAUCAUUUGGUGCAGCAGAGGAGUCUGGGCAGACUGUGGAAGUAUGUGGAAAAGAGAUUUUGGUGCAUGGUCCUUCUGAGAGAGAGAGCAUCCUAGCAACUGUCUUUCAAGAAAAUCCAAACCUGAUUGUGGUGGACUACACUGUACCUGCUGCAGUUAAUGCUAACGCUGAGCUCUAUUGCAAAGUCGGAGUGCCUUUUGUUAUGGGAACCACUGGUGGAGACAGGGAUCAACUAUAUAAAACUGUAGAAGACUCAGGGGUUUAUGCAGUGAUCUCCCCGCAAAUGGGAAAACAGGUUGUUGCCUUUCUUGCGGCCAUGGAGAUUAUGGCUGAGCAAUUUCCUGGAGCCUUCUCUGGUUAUUCCCUUGAGGUGAUGGAGUCACAUCAAGCUAGCAAAUUAGAUGCUUCUGGAACUGCUAAGGCUGUGAUUUCUUGCUUUCAGAAAUUGGGGGUGUCUUUUGACAUGGACCAGAUAAAAUUGAUCAGGGAUCCUGAGCAGCAACUUGAGAUGGUGGGAGUUCCUGAGGAGCAUUUGUCUGGCCAUGCGUUCCAUACGUACCACCUGACAUCACCUGAUCAAACAGUUUCUUUUGAGUUUCAGCAUAACGUUUGUGGCAGAUCAAUAUAUGCAGAGGGUACUGUUGAUGCUGUUCUUUUCCUUGCUAAGAAGAUUAAGUCAAGGGCAGACAAGUGCAUCUUUAACAUGAUCGAUGUCUUAAGGGAGGGUAACAUGCGAUGAAAACUGGUGUUUGUCUAGCAGUCUGUCACAGUGUGUGUCAGUAUAUCUCUUAAAUACCCUUGCCAGACAUUCAGGAUUGUGAUCAAAUUGUAGGCAAUUUUGGAAAUUGGUCUGGGCCUUCCACUUCUCAUUGUAUUUAAUUGUUUCAUAUUUAUUUGAGAACCUGGUGUUGGGUAAUAACACUGAUGGAAACGGAUAUUAUUUGCCCAAAUUAAUGUGAAGGGCCAAAGCCCCUUUGCACUUUUUU